AUGUCCUCCGCAAAAGAUAGAUUAUCCGGCCUCUUAGGCCAUCUUAUCCCUUCCUCUUCCUCUUCCGCAUCAUCUACAUCCAAUACCCAAGGACCCUCUACAGCGCUGCGGGAGAACAACAAUAACAAAGUCAACUUCCACACACUUUCACCAGCCUAUUUCCUGCAGCGAUCAGCGGCGAUUGAACCAGACGCGGAAGCUAUUUACCACAUUACAUCCGAUGGUCAGGAACUACGACGAACCUAUCUCGAGUUCGCGGACAGGGCAAGAGGGUUAGCGUAUUUUUUGAAGAAACGCGGGUUCAAGAGAGUCGGCAUUCUGUGUCCCAAUACGCCGGCUUUCUUAGAGUCAAUUUUUGGGAUUGGGGCUGCGGGGGCGGUAAACAUCGCUGUGAACUACCGACUUAAAGAAGAUGACAUCGCGUAUAUAUUCACGCACUCGGAGGCGGAGGUGAUCAUUGUGGAUAAGGAAUUCCUGCCCUUGCUGCGUGUGUACAGGGAGGCGAAGCCGGAGACUCCCAUUAUUGUUGAUACGGAUACCGAUACCGCGGAGGGUCAGCUGUCGGGUCCCUUUGAUGAGGCGGUUCUGGAAGGUCUGAAGUACGAUAUUGCUACUGGGGAUAAGGGCUGGGAGGGGCUGGAAAGUCAGGCUGGUUCGGAGGAUGAUGUUAUUGCUUUGGCAUAUACGAGCGGGACGACGUCGCGGCCGAAGGGCGUUGAGUACACGAAUCGGGGUGCCUAUUUGGCGGCCCUGGGGAAUGUGGUCGAGUCUGGGUUGAAUGUGUUUAAUGGCCGUUGCCGGUAUUUGUGGAUCUUGCCGAUGUUUCAUGCUGUUGGCUGGACGUUUCCAUGGGCUGUUACUGCUGCGCGUGGUACGCAUUAUUGCCUGCGCAAGGUGGACUAUGGGCAAAUUUGGAAGUUAUUCAAGACUGAGGGCAUCACCCACUUUAAUGCGGCCCCUACUGUGAACACGCUUCUUUGCAAUCACCCGGAUGCUGAGCGCCUUUCUACACCAGUUAUCGUCCAGGUGGCGGGUAGUCCGCCUACGCCUCAUCUGUUUGAGCAGAUGACCAGUCUGAAUUUGCGCCCCGUGCAUGUCUACGGUAUGACGGAGACGUAUGGUCCUACUACGAGGUGCUAUAUGCUGCCCGCAUGGGACCAAUUACCGCGCGAUGAGAAGUUCCGGAGGAUGGCCAGACAAGGUCAUGGUUUCCUAACCAGUCUGCCAACGCGUGUCAUCAAGACGGACGUGCCUGAGGGUACCAUUAUCGACGUCAAGCGAGACGGCAAAGAAAUCGGCGAGAUUGCAUUUGUUGGAAAUAUCUGUGCUCAGGGGUAUUACAAAGAUGCCGAGGCGACGCGGAAGCUCUUUGCUGGUGGCGUUCUUCAUUCCGGCGACCUGGCUGUCUGGCAUCCCGAUGGAGCGAUCCAGAUCCUGGACCGAGCCAAAGAUAUUAUCAUCAGCGGAGGCGAAAACAUAUCGUCUGUCGCACUGGAAUCCAUGCUGGUGACUCACCCGGACAUUUUGGAGGUGGGUGUGGUGGCGGUGCCUGACACACAUUGGGGAGAGCGACCCAAGGCGUUUGUAACCACGAAGCAAGGCCGGCACCUGGAGGGGAAGGAGGUGAUUGACUGGGCCCGGAACCAAAGUCAAAUCAGCAAGUUCAUGCUUCCGCGGGAGGUGGAGGUGGUGGCGGAACUGCCCAAGACAAGUACGGGGAAAAUCAGGAAGAAUGUUCUCCGGGACUGGGCGAAAGGGACACCGCGAUGA